CUUUUCCUGUUUUUUUUCUUCUAUUUAACGACGACAACAACAACAUUGCAACGGUGGUGCGUGCCCACAACAUGACGGAAAGAUCAAACAACGCCACCAGAAACAGUAAUAAAUGGUGAAACGUGCAUCAGUGUGGAGAAUGUGUCUGAGAAUAAGGCUGCUCUGUAUAGACUGUUCAGGAAACCAUGAAAAUCACAAAAACGAAAAUAAGACUGACGAUUCUUUAAUAGUGCCAAAAAGAACAAAAGUUUCUAGUAUCUCACUCAACAUUCCGGCCGCUGGACUAGGUAGUAGGCCUGCCUCUAUUGUUACAACCUCCGAUGAAGGUGGAUUUAAUGAACCUUCGCCAAAGAUUGAAGCUAGACUAAAACCCCACGAGGAAUCUCUGUACGAUUUUCCUUUGAACGAGGAUAUCCCUGUGAAAUAUAGCGAUAACUCUCCCGAAGAUGUUAGCGAAUACUGCGAGGGAGACGUGGUCAAAGACAACCCCAUUAAGCUCACUCAAGCCGAGAUAGAAGCUCUUUACGCCGUUCCCAACAAGAACAAACCCGGCUCUAGUGUACCAGCUCCAGAAGAGAAGCAAUAUUCGGUGCCCGAAAAGAGAAACCUAGAUUUCGACAAGACGGUAUCUCCUACGGACUCCGAUGCAGACUACGCGGUUCCUUACCGAUCACCCACGGUGAUUCACCAGAAAUCGGUCACCUCGACUGAUUCCGACGCCUCCCAGGUAACGGUUAUACCGGCCCAGCAUUCGAUCGACUCGGAUAUUAUGUACAACAGUCAAGCGCCGAUACUCAAUUCGGUAUUAUCGGAAUUGGAGAGCCAGGAGAGCUUCGAUAACAGCUGUCAGAAGUUUUUGAAGAACGAACGCGAGUGCGAAUCACGCUCGGUCAGGCCGGAACCUUUCAUAAUCAGUCGGGAGGUGUUGCAGAAUGAUAAACAUGUGAAGACGCCGGAGAAUCAAAGGUCGGAGGCGAAUAUUUUGGACGCGAACGACGUGGAGUACGCUGACGCUAGUGACAUUGAGCUCGAACAGCCUACUAAAACUGAAAAAGUCAUUGACGUGAUGACGCCGGAUGAGGCGGAGAAUUUACUUAGCGCAAAAAUUCUGGAGAAAAGAAUUAGACCUGAUCUUUUAUCAGAUGAAGAAGCACAAGAGGUUACAAGACUGUUAAACACAAAAGAUCCUAAAGUUCAAAAAUGGUUACCUAACACAAAUUCUCUUUUACAAGACUCUAUAACUGCUUCAGUUCACGAUUCUUCUGGUCCUGUAUCGUUAAAUGAUAGUUUAGGUCCACCGUCUCUACAAGAAGAAUCAGCUCCAGAAUCUAGUUCAGCUCCCGAUUCAAAUGAACUGCAUAUUCAAAGAUUUCUCGACAGCCAGGAUAAUAAAAAGGAAAUCGAACCUCUCUCACAGUAUUACGAAUCGACUUCUAGUUUAGACCUUUCGACGCAGGACGAAGAAGAGUUUUUAAGUCACAAAUUUGACGCCAGCGUUUCUGCAUCUGACUCUGGUUUAAUUGAUUCGGUGACGAGUAUAUCAGAAACUAACAAUAUCGAAACUGUAAGUGACGAAACCACGGAUUACGUGCCUAAACCUGUACAGAUCAUAGGCGUAGAACAUGGAGUUCAUUAUUACGAAGACGGUCACUUCUGGAUGGAAGUCCCUGGUCUCCCUCCAGAAGAAGAAGAUGACGAUCUCGAUUAUCCAGUUUACGUUCCUAAGCCCACCAAAGUUAAUUUUUCCGUGGAACCAAUCAGGGUUUUUUCCACUUUUAGUAUAUCAGACUAUGACAGGAGAAACGAAGAUGUUGAUCCUGUGGCAGCUUCUGCGGAAUAUGAAUUGGAGAAAAGAGUGGAGAAAAUGGAAGUUUUUCCUGUUGAACUUAUCAAAGGUCCUGAAGGCCUUGGUUUGAGUAUUAUCGGAAUGGGAGUAGGAGCAGAUGCCGGUCUAGAAAAAUUAGGUAUUUUCGUUAAAACGAUAACCGCCAACGGUGCAGCAGCAAAGGACGGCCGCAUCCAAGUAAACGAUCAGAUUAUAGAGGUGGACGGGAAGAGUUUGGUCGGCGUGACGCAAGCCUACGCGGCCAGCGUGCUGAGGAACACGUCUGGAUUGGUCAAAUUUAGCAUCGGCAGAGAGCGGGAUCCGGAAAACAGCGAAGUGGCCCAACUUAUUCGGCAAUCGUUACAAGCCGAUAAGGAACGGGAAGAAAGGAGACAGAGGAUGUUGGAGGCAGAACAGCAGCAAAGCGACGCCAGCACUGUUCAACUAACAGGAUCGACAAAUACUAGUGUUAGUGAUGGUCCAGUUAGUCCGACAGUGAAUCACGAAAGCCUCUUUGACAAUGAACAGGAUAACUCAGAAUCUUUAAGAAAUCUCUUGCAAGAGACACAGCGCAAGUUAAAGUUGUCUGAGCAUGAGGUUACUCGCCUGAAGUCGAAGAUAAUGGAACAAAACGGCAUUAAACCUGACGACUCCGAAAAAUUCGAACAAGUCAACAGCAGACUAAGAGAAGCGGAGCGCGAAUUGGCCGGCACCAAAAAAGAAGUGCAAACCUACCAAAACAUGUUGGAACAGUCUCAAACGCAAUACCAGUCGCUAGAGAAAAAGUACAGCAAAGCGAAACAACUAGUCAGGGAGUUCCAACAAAGGGAGCUGGAUAUGCUGCACAGAGAAGAUUUUUAUCAGCAGCUGUUACAAGAAAAAGAUACCGAAUACAAUGCGUUGGUUAAGAAUUUGAAGGACCGAAUCAUAGCUUUGGAGCAAGAUUUGUUGGAUACCCAAAGAAAAGCUGGGUUUCCCAUGGUUUUGCCCUACGACAGUAUCAGUUUGAAGCAGCUGACGCCUCAGAUGGCCAGGCGUCAACCGCCAAAGCCGCUGUUCCAGUCGAUAAAUCCGGACUUUUCGGACACUGAGGUAUCCGACCAGAGUCCCGACGAAGAUAAGACGGCCACCGUGGAGAGAAAGUUGCCUGCCAAAGAAGAACUAGACCGUGCGGUACCGCCGCACGAACUGUUAGACAUUACGGCGACGAAAAGCAAAGCCGAACUGGCCACUCGCGGUUCUCUGGCCAAUAGGCAACUCCCCAGUGCCAAAAAGGGUUCCCUAAGCAACAGCAGCUCCGAUUACGGGCUAGACGAGAGUUACAAUUCCGCCGACGAGCUGACGGAUUCCGCCGCGUACUCGCCUAAACCGUCUAAAACCAUUAACAACCAUCAUUCCUCAAGUUCCACUGUGGUGGGCCACAACGCCACCUCCAGGCCCACGUCGUUAAGCACUAACUCUCAUUAUAUCAUUCAGCCGCAAUAUACCUCCGUGCAACACCAGCAACAAUUUCGACAGCAACAGCACCAACAACAGUAUGAGCACCACAGUAUCCAAUACACCGAAGUCCAGAAAAACAGCUCCCAAUACACGGCGCAGAACAUCGUUGGCAGCCAAUCUUCCGGUGUGGUUUACGCUCGGCUGCAGAAAGAAUCGCGGACGGACGAAGUAACAUGGACGGAUGCAGGGGGUGGGAACAAAGGGGUCAUGACCGUCGGACCUCCGCCGUCACUGGCGGAACAACUUAAACAGGUUUUGGCUGAAAGGGAAAAACGUCUAGGCAGCGAUAGCGUCACCAGUUCCACUGACGAAUUAAAUGAAAAAUCCAAAAAUGACCCCGCUCAUCAUUUACUUGAAGAGAUAAGACAAGCAGUCAGUGAAGCUAACGCGAAAGUUAAGAAAGUUGUUCCCGUUACGUUAUCGCCCCCAGGUAGCACGCCUUGGUACCACCAAGGCAACACGUCGCCCGAGCCCCCGUCCCCGUCCAGCCUCAGUUCGGGUUCGGUGUCGCCCUCCCGGCACGACACCUCCUGGGCCACCACCGAUCUCAGCUUGUCGUCAUGCAGUAUCGCCAGCGACAAGCGAAGCUUUUUGUACGCCACGCCGGUCAACGAUUGGAAUAAGGAUCACGUAUGCCAGUGGUUAUUGCACAUCGGCCUAGAACAACACUUACCGAAGUUCGCGGAGCUCCAAGUAAACGGCAACGCCUUGUUGCUGCUUACGUCGGCCGACUUCAAAAUUCUCGGCAUCACCAGUGAUGACAAGAGUCGCCUCAAGCGGAAAAUCAAAGAACUAAAGGCGCAGGCGGAGAAGGAGAGGAAACAGAUGGAACGCGAUAGGAAAGAGAAGGAAAAACAGUUACGGAAAGCGGAAAAAGCCAGUAAAAAGAAGUGAGGUAGCUUAGAGACGGAGAACUAGAUUCCUUUCGAGUCAAUAUUUGUAACAAUUUUUUUUAUCUCGUUUUCGUAUCGAGCUGUGAAUAAGUAAUCUGUGUAAAAUGACCGAUCUAGGGAUAGAGCAAACAUAUUCAAGGUGAUUUGGCAUUGCCGUCCUUGAUGUGGUGACGUGGGAAACGUACUCAAACUCCUUUAUCAAAAGCCAAAUGUGUCAUGUGUAAUGAAACGGCGUGAUCGAGUAAAAACAACGUGAUAGUAGGCAUGGUAAUAUUGUAGUUCGAGUUCUUUGUAAAACGUUAAAACUAUAAUCCAGUGUUUCACCCUAUUUUUACUGUUAUGAAUAAUCAAUUAUUAUACAAUUUUAUGUUAUUCGUUACUUUUUUUACUAGAUUUAAAAUAACACACCAUCAGUGUUGCCACUGUCAAGAAUUUAGUAAUAGCUUUAAAUGAAGUUAAGAACAGAAAUUAAAUGAUAUAUGAAUGAUAUUUCUAUGCCUAUAAUAACUUUAUAGUCUGUCUAAAGAGGGGAUCCAUGACAGUGAUAGUGCUGUUUGUCACAAUUCAUAGGUAAAUUGUUUUUUCUAUCAUUUUUUUGAUGUCGUUUGUCAAAAUCUUCCCCCACUCGUUAGACAAACUAUAGUUUUGUUGGAUCAUAUAUAAUGACAUAUUCUGCUAAAUAAUUUUUCAGAGAAUGCUUAUUCACGGCAGAUUUUGUUUGUGUUGUAUCUCCUUUGUUUUGUGAGUGGUUCAAGUUUCACUGCGGUAACGUCGACACUUGUAUAAUACACGUUUGACUUUUCAAAUAUCUCUCGUGAGGCCAUAUUUUUAUUUUUACAGUAAGAAUCCAAUUUUGCGUGUAUAUAGUUCUAAUGUAAUAACUCGACUCUCAGAUUCAGAGAUGAGUGUUAGUGGAUUUGACUGUGAUGCAAAUAGUUUUAGCGGUUGUUUUAUUGAUAUAGUGAGGUUUAUUUGUAUUCGAUCGGUAUUUUGACCGAAUUCCUUUUGUUCUUAUUGUUGGAAUUGUUUUGAGAAUAUGAAACUGACUAAUUAUGGUUUCUAAACCAUUAUAACAUUUUUAUUAAAGAAUCUUUUCUUUCUUUCAAAAUGCAAACAAUGCAUUUCCAAUAGAUUAUGCAACAUAUACACAUACAGGCUGCGCCAGAAAAGUUCGCAACAAAUGGGAUUUUUUUGUUAUUGUGGUAUUGAAAAAAGUUUAUGUAAAUUUACUUCAGCAUGUCGCAUAACAAAAAAAUCAUGAUGACAUAUGUCAUGCAACAACCGUCAUGGCAGAAAAUUACAAUAAUCAUCUUUAUAUGUGCAAAAAAUGGGUUAGGUGACUAAAUAUCAAAAAAGAAAAAACAAUAAUAGAAUAAAAA